AUGGUACGGCUCGGGACGCCGGUGCCAGUGCUCGAGCGGCAGUGCGACCGCGACACGACGGUGCUGGGCCGCGCUGUGCCGAAGGGGACGACGAUGCUGAUGCUCGCGCAGGGGCCCAGCUUGACGUCGCCGGCGCUGCGGAUUCCCGAAGCGGCGAGGAGUUCGUCGGCGAGGCCGUGCGGGGCCUGGGAUCCCGAGGGCAUGCAAUUGUUUGCGCCGGAGCGGUGGCUGUCGACGGACGGCGCGGGGAACGUCGUAUUCGAUCCACUGGCCGGGCCGGUGCUGGGGUUCGGCGGCGGCGUUCGGGGGUGCUUCGGGCGGAAGUUGGCGUAUCUGGAGAUGAGGAUCGUCUGUACUCUUGUAGCGUGGAACUUUGAGCUUUUGGACUGUGGCGAGGAGCUUUCUGGGUAUGAGGCCAUGGAGGAGAUUACGUACAAGCCGACGAGUUGCUACAUGAAGCCGAGGCGGUGGGAAGACGCUUGA